GGCGGAAGUGGAGAAGUCGUCAAGUCCAUGGAAAUGCAACCCGGAAGCUGUUGCUCACUCGUCAAUGUAGGAGGGACGUGGAAUGUCCGCAGAGCGGCUGCAAGCUUCUCUUUUUCUCUCCUGUGUCGAGCAGCUCACUCACUGCCACUCCAAUUUUGUCGUUCAGGUAUUAUGAGCAGAGAGCUCAACGUGCCCACGGGCUCGCCGGCCCCGGGCAUGUCGGAGCGGCCCCCGGACGGCGGCGGGGGCGGCGCCGGCGGCGGCAUGGACUACAGGGACUGGGUGCGGCGCAGCUACCUGGAGCUGGUCAGCUCCAACCACCACUCGGUGCAGGCCUUGUCCUGGAGGAAGCUCUACCUGAGCAGGGCCAAGCUCAAGGCCUCCAGCAGAACUUCGGCGCUGCUCUCUGGCUUCGCGAUGGUCGCCAUGGUGGAGGUGCAGCUGGAGAUGCAGUACAAUUACCCGCGGGCGCUUCUGGUGGCGUUCAGCGUUUGCACCACCAUCCUGGUGGCCGUGCACCUGUUCGCGUUGCUCAUCAGCACGUGCAUCCUGCCCAACGUGGAGGCCGUCAGCAACAUCCACAACCUCAACUCGGUCAGCGAGUCGCCGCACGAGCGCAUGCACCACUACAUCGAGCUGGCGUGGGGCUUCUCCACCGCGCUGGGCAUCCUCCUCUUCCUGGCCGAGGUGGUGCUGCUCUGCUGGAUCAAGUUCCUGCCCGUGGACUCGGGCGGGUCGGCGGCCGUGCAGGACGGCGGCUGGCGGGCGGCGCUGGCAUCCACCAUCAUCAUGGUGCCCGUGGGCGUCAUCUUCGUGGUGUUCACCGUCCACUUCUACCGCUCGCUGGUGCGUCACAAGACGGAGCGCCACCACCAGGAGAUCGAGGAGCUGCACAAGAUCAAGGUGCAGCUGGACGGCCAGGAGAGGGCGCUGCAGGUAGUGUGAGCUCCUUUGCUGAACGGGGGAGAAAAAAACGGCGCUCGCUGCUAUUUAUUCCAAAAACGUCGACUUACUGUACACUAGUGUGUUAAAGGCGUCCAUUUUGGGCUACGUGCAUUGCGAUUUAAAGGGUCUGUUUUGCUUUUAUUUUUUUUAAGUGGGGGGUGGGCAUCCAUUUUGUGCUUCAGUUGUACAAUUUGUGCUAUACAUGCUAUUGAAAGCCAUUAGCGCAUUAUGCCAUAUCCGGCUUAAGCUCUUUAGUUCUCACCAGUAAGACAGUUCCGCACUCGUGAGAUGUGCAACUCGUGAGUUGUUUUUUUUUUUUUCACAACUUCCAACUUCCUUCGACAAGGUGAUGAACGCAACUUCAUUUGCAGAGCACUUGAAAAAUAUCACAGCUGCACAGUAUGUAAAAAGAAAAACGUUGAGGCGACUCAACAAUAUAAUAGCGACGUUAAAAACAAAACACUACAACAGUGCAGUCUCAAGCUAUGUUGAAUGAAGCAUUAGUAAAACUGUGGGUUACUAGUACUGUAAUUGUCCACACCCCCCCCCACCCACCCACCCACCCAUUUUGCUACCGCUUUUCUCCUGCUAGUAUGAUGAAAACAUGGAUAUCAAGAAUAUUGACCAAAUGCUUAACCGGCUUUAUGCUCAAAUGGCUUUCAAUAAAGGUUAGUUGAUUGGCUUGACAUCCAGCUCAAGGUCCGCGUACUCACGCAAAGCAAAUUAAUUUGUGUAGCGCAUUUCAUACGGAAAGGUAAUACAAUGUGCUUUACGUGAUCAAAAGCGCCCGAAAACAAAGAGACAAAAACGUUUAAAAGCGUGUACAAGUCCAAGUGGCAAUUUCUUCCAUUUGUGUGCGGCACAAUAGCAAAAUGCUACUUCGCCAUGUUUGCUUUGUACUCUGCGCUCCACUAUGUGACCCGAGUCAGCCGAUCUCAGAGCUUUACUGGGUUUGUAUUCCGUAACCAUUUCUUUCUUGUAUUCGGGAUCUAAAACAUUUUAGUGAUUUAUAGACCAGUAGCAGGACUUUCAAAUCUAUUCUAAAGCUGACUGGAAUCCAGGACUUAUGCUCUGACCGCUUUGUUCCAGUCAAAACGCCAGCCGCAGCUGUUUAAUACUCUUUUUGGGGGAGUCCAGUCAGAAGACCAUUACAAUAGUCAAGUCUACUUGGAGAUAAAAGCAUGGAUGAGUUUUUCCUGGUCUGCUUGAGACAUGCAAGCCUCCACUCUCAAUGUGUUCUUCAGAUGGUGAAAGACUUUUGAAAUGACUGUUGAAAGUCAGGUCGGAAUCAAUCAGAACACCAAGGUUUCGGACUUGGUGUUUACGUGUCAUCUGCAUAGCUAUGAUAGUCAUAAAGUUCUGAAGAAUUUGACCCAAGGGUAGUAUAUAGAGGCUGAACAGGAGGGGUCCAAGAACGGACUUUACUAGUGCGCGCUUUGUCCUCAAUACCACACUCUGUGCACCAAUUCAAAUUGUUUUUUUUUUUUACUAGUAUCGCUUUUGGCCUACUACUAGAAGUUUCUUUCGACUUGUCCCGUUAGGGGUCGCCACAUCGCUUAUAUUUGUCUGGCACCGUUUUGAACGCCGGAUGCCCUUCCUGACACAACCCCUCAGGGGGAGCCGAGACCCCUUUGGGAUACGAACUCACGACCUCUCGUUUAUCAAACCAAUGUUCAAACCACUGAGCGAUGGGACUUCCUGUAUUUUGGCCCACUACUACAAUGUUGAUAUUACUUUUACUGUGCUUUAGGUCCAUAUACAGUACUAGUACCCCCUUUUUCCUAAAAAUUCAGCACAUUAGUAGAAGUUUAUAAUUCCCUGGCUCAUUGCCUUCUAUUUCCAUGGAAAGUUUAUGAACCCCCCCCCCUCCCCUCUCCUUUUAUUCUUGUUGGAUAUCAACUUUCUGUCAGCGUUUGCGUUUUUCACGUAACUUUUUUUGCCACUCCGAGCGUGAGGUCCAUUUGCCAGUCGGCGCUUUGUCGUCAUUCUUAGCGUUUUUUGUUCCUCAGAUCGCGUGACCUUCAGCUGGAUAUCAAAGGAAUAUUUGGGUAUCUAGUUUUGUCUGUUCAUUGGCGUGAAAUAUUUUCACAAAAAAAAAAAAAAGGGCUACGCUGUUCUUUGUGCCAUGUUGUUGUUGCCACGGUUUCACAUGACAUGCUGUAUAUCUGUUUUGUGUUUUUUUUUUUUUUUUUUUUUUU